GUGAAGACGAGAGAGACGACGAGAGAGAGCUUCGACAGACUGAAAGUGUGUAGUUGGAUUCGUGAACUGAAGGGAGAGUGGGAAGAACGGUCAAAAUGAGCGAGGAGGGAGAAUCUAGGCGGGGGAAUGAAGGGGGUGGUUCGUUACCACCGGAUGGACGAAAAUGUUACAAGUGUGGGGAGAGCGGACACUUCGUCCGGGACUGUGCCGAAUAUUGGAGAGUACGAGCGCAGGGGAGGACUUUCGUUCCAUUGAGAUUACGGACAACGCAAACAAGAACUGGUAGCACCAAUACGAGCGGCGAGUAUAUGAAUUCGCGUCGGAGCCGGUCGACAGACAGUGGGAACGAGCGUAGCAUGGAGAAUACCGAUUCGCUCAUACGGGAUAAAUUCUUACAGGUGGCCGAAGAAAGGAGGGAGAGAGUUGAAUGUGAAAGAGAGAUCGAGAGAAGGAGGCUAGAAGAGGAAGUAAAACGAGCCAAGGAGUUAAAGAGAGCGCUAAGAGAAGAACAAAGGCUUCAACGGGAAGAGGAACGAGAUGCCCGCCUGAUGCGGAUCAUUCGUGGUGAGAUGAGAAAGGAGCGUGAGGAAGAAAUUGAGCGGUAUGAACUCAGAGGAGGGAGAUCAAGUAAGACAACGAGUCGUGCUGAUGCAAACAACGAGGAGAAGGAAAGCCUUCGAAGAAUGAUUGCAUUGAAAACAUUGGGAAUGGAGGAAACUGAGGACGAGGAGCUGCUGGCGCUUCCAAGGCAAGCAGCGAAACUGGAUCUUCUGGAAAAAAGGAAGCGGGGUCCAGACAUAGCGGUGGGGGAUAGUCCACCGAUGACUACCCCGGAGAAAAGAUCGAACACGAAGUUAUCGGAGGAGGCUAAGGCGAGGAUUCAAUCGAUUAAGGGAGAACAAGCGAAGGAGGUCGCAACAUCAAGCACACCAUCGAAGAUAGACUUGUCAUUGAAACACAUCAUGGCAUCCUGCGGACCAGGAGGGCGAGAGACAUUCGAGAAAGAACGUCAAGACUUCUACGACGCGCUAAACAUUGAAGAACUAAAGGAAGCGUGCCGCCGCGAGAAAGUGGCAUAUGGUAAGCGGGAGUUGGCAAUUAAGCGACUGAUCACUCGUCGUUCGGUGGUGGCAUAUGAUCCCUCGAACAUUCCACUACCUGUGACGCCACGCACUACGACAAGGACGAGUAAGGGCGUGGCUAUUAAGGAGGAAGCCAGACCCGUGAGUUCAGAGUCGGACGAUUCAUUCUCGGAUGAUGACUCCGAGUGAGGAGCUUGUCGUCGCGACGACUUUCUGGAUAGAGCGAAUGAGUUGAGUAAUCGAAGACAGGCGAAUCAGGGUAAGUGCAGAUCUGAUGAGAGGGAAUUUAGAGCAGCCACGAUUGGACUGAUACUGACGGGUAGGGCGAGAUGGGGUGAAAAGUUUGUGGGAUAUUGGAAGGAUGAAUUGGAUAGGGGGACCUUUGACUUAACAGAACCAAAGAGUUGUGUAUAUGUCCUACUAUCGUCGUGGCAUAAGCAAGUUUAUAUUGGUUUGACGGAGAGGAGCCUCUGGGCAAGAUGGCAGGAACACCUCUGUCAAGGGCGAAAGCAGAACAGGCGAGGGAGGACCGUAUAUAACUGGUUUGGUAAAGUGGGUGCACAUAAGAAUGAACAUAGUAUUCGUGAAAACCUAACAAAACCAGAAAACCUAA